AUGGUCGGAAUCUCGCCGGCCUCUAUGGAUGACGACCCCGGUCCCGAUCUCGAACCCGGCGGCAACUCAGCCACGACUUCAAACGCCGCUUCCGGAAGCUCAUCUCCCGAGAUCCCAGCUGCCGGCCCUAAUCCCGAAACAGGCGAAUCAUCAACUUCCGCUUCCGAGGCCGCGGCGGCAGCCGCCCUGAAAAAAGAAAAAGGCCGCGUACGCUUCAAUAGCCGAGCGGCCGUGACCCAGCCCCCAACAUCACCACCACCAGUAGCUACUCUACCUGUUCCUACACCACCCAAUCCGCCCAGACCUUCUAUCUUGCGAGGCAGUUCAGGAGGAUCCAUCCCGACUGUUGCAACCUUUGCCAAGGAAAACCCGCGUCCUUCGGUGGAUAGUGAGCGGCAGGAAGCAAAGUCUGCUGCCGCCGCUGCUCAGGAACGAGCUCGCCAGGUUGCAGCCAACAUCCAGCUGGGCUCUCCGACGCAAGAGUCCCGCGUAUCCAUUGAAUCCGCCGUCACAACCGCUACAAGCGAGUAUGACCAUCCUACUAGGGAUGGCGCAUAUAUCCCCUUGCGCGACCUCAACUCUCACCAACCCUUGAACGACACCAACCCCGCUGUCGGCGACGAAGAGAAACAUGAGCAUCAAGCACAGCUUAACUCGGAAGCGUACCGUAUCGUGAGAGCUCACACCUGGCGCCUUGCCGACAAAGCCGAGAGUGCGGCUGGUCCUUCCAACGCUCAAGACGCGGAGAAGGCUGAGCAAACGGAUCAGCUACUGCCAGAGGUCAACGAUGGCAACUUUGACGGUCUUUAUGCCGUACCACCGCCCAAGGAGUAUCGCGGCAGCGUCUUGUCUCAGCUUCUGAAGCUUUAUAAGCCUGCUGAGAAUGCUCCCGCGUUACCUACCAACAACCGCAACUCCGUUAUUUCUUUCGGAGGUCCUCUUUCCGCCACUGGUUCUGAAUCCGGCACCACCACCCCGACUACGCCCACCCGCAAGAAGUGGUACAAUGCGAAUAAGUCUACUGAUACUCUUGUCAACCUCAUCGAAGCCUCUGCCCGUCUGGCCAACCCCAACCAGCAGGGCGAGAAAGAAGGGUCGCCAAACGGCGGCAAGGCUGCCGGCAAGAAGCAGCGGCCCAAGCACAAGCGUACUUACAGUAACUCCCGCAUCAGCGCUUACCUUGCAAGAGAGGAGGAGGAGGCCAAGAUUACGGUUCACAUCGCCGAGACCCUCGCUCGCCAGGAGUACAUCAUUACUCUCUGCCGUGCGCUCAUGCUAUAUGGCGCACCCACGCAUCGUCUCGAGGAAUAUCUUAGCACGACUGCAAAGGUGCUUGAGAUCGACGGCCAGUUCCUGUACUUGCCGGGUUGUAUGAUCAUCUCUUUCGACGACAGGUCGGUGCACACCACCGAGGUGCGAAUCGUUCGAGCUUCGCAGGGCAUCGACCUCGGCAAGCUCAGGGACACGCACCACAUUUACAAGGAAGUCAUCCACGACGUGGUGUCUGUCAACGACGGAAUCGAACGCCUGGACGCUCUGAUGAAAUCUAAGGACAAGUUCCACGCCUGGGUCCGAGUUCUCGUUUUCGGCCUGACGAGCGCCACGGCCGCCCCCUUCUCCUUUGGCGCACGCAUGAUCGAUCUCCCACUGGCGUUCUUGUUCGGCUGCCUCGUCGGCUUCCUGCAGCUCAUCGUCGCGGCCCGCUCCAGCUUGUACAGCAACGUUCUCGAGGUGACGGCCACCGUGUUGGUAAGUUUCCUGGCCCGAGCCUUCGGCAGCAUCAGAGGCGGCAACCUAUUUUGCUUCUCGGCAAUCGCCCAGGGCGGCAUCGUCAUGUUGCUCCCGGGUUACAUGGUGCUGUGCUCGGCUCUUGAGCUCCAAUCCCGCGCCAUCGUACCCGGUUCGAUCCGCAUCGUCUACGCCGUCAUCUACUCCCUCUUCCUCGGCUUCGGCAUCACCAUCGGCUCCGCGAUCUACGGUCUGUUGGACAGCAACGCCGUCUCGACCACUAGUUGCCAGAACUCGAUAUCUCCGCUCCUGGGCUUCAUCUUCGUCCCCCUCUUCGUCGUCUGCAUCGCCGUCCUGUACCAGGCCAAAUGGCGCCAGAUGCCCGUCAUGUUGGUCGUCGCCUUUGCUGGAUACGUCGUCAACUACUUCAGCGGCCUCCGGUUCAGUGCGGCUCCGCAGGUGGCCAACACUCUCGGCGCCUUCACCGUCGGCGUCCUCGCCAACCUCUACUCGCGUAUCCGCCACGGAGUCGCCGCCGCCACCCUCAUCCCCGCCAUCUUCACGCAGGUGCCGGGAGGUCUGGCGUCCACGGGUGGCCUGCUCAGCGGUCUGACCACCGCCAACAAGAUUACGAAUUCCACGCACGAGGUCAGCGGCACGACCUCCGUGCAGUACGACGCGACCGAGAUCAACACCGUCGUGUUCAGCGUCGCCGCGUCCAUGAUCCAGAUCGCCAUCGGCAUCGCCGUCGGUCUGUUCCUCAGCUCUCUCGUCAUCUACCCACUUGGUAAGCGCCGUAGCGGCCUCUUUAGCUUCUAA